CGCCCCUUUCAAAAAGUUGUCUUUUGGUGCCUGGGUGGGAAAAGACUGAAAGAUGCUCACAGGCGGGAGUGAGCUCCCAGGUCCGACAAUCAGCUCCAAAAGCCCCUUUCCUUUAGGACCUUUCCCCAGGCACAUCUGGAUCCACCACAACACCCCUCAGGACAGCCUGGACAAAGCCUGCCACGAGAUCUGGAAACGGGUACAAGGUCUGCCUGAAGAGCUCCAGUCAACGUCACCAGUCCUGCAGCCUCCCUGUCACCCAGUCUUGCCAUCAGACCUCCUCAGAGGAGAGGGCAGCCGCUACCUGAAAGAAUCGUUGGAACAGAACUGUGUCAAGGACGAGAUUUCCCUUCUGGUGGAACAGGAGUACUUGAGCCUUACCCAGGAGAACAUUAGCAAGACAGAAAUGCCAGGCUUAGAAGGAGGGGAAAAAACCGCCUUGACUUUAAAUCAGAGUUCUUCAAACAACAGCCUUCUCCUGCUUUCCGAUAGGGACCAGUUGCUAGAGGAAACAGAAGCAGUAGAAAGCAUGUACAGAGCAAUGAUGGGGAGCAAAGAAAGGGAGAUGAAACUAAGAUCUCUCUGCGACUCUCAGCUUUCUACAAAAUCCACCAUCACGGGGAUUUUGCGCCCCGCAAAAAGCACAUGCAAGACUGCUAAAGGGGUGGACAGUGGUAACCCAGGGGCUUCCAACAAAGACAGCAGUAAGUCACUGGCGCAGUGUCCAAUGAAACACACAGAGGCUGCCAAAGCGCCAGAUAACCCAAUGGCAGUAGAGGAAACCAGGCUGACCAAGGACUACAAAGGACUGCAAAAUCACAUGAUGAGUUCACCCAUCCAUAAGGAGAGCGCAGGGAUGCUACCACCUUCCACAACAGCAGAAAGCCAAGCGAUGGGGCAGAAGAAGCAGCUCCCAGUAUUUGCCAAGAUCUGUUCAAAACCUGAUCCUGACUCAGUUACCGAGGGACUUCAGAACACAGUAACUACGGCAGCGUCAGAUAAGAACAAUCUCAAAUACAAUGGGAAUGUUUUCACCCCGCGUUUUUCUACCACUUCAGCGACUACACCCUUAAACCAGCCAGUGUGGCUCAGUCUAAACUAUCCUCCGCCCCCCGUCUUUCCAAAUCAUUCCAACUUUCCACAGUUCCAGGGCUUGUAUCAGCCGAGAGCACGGAUCCCCUAUCAACAGACGUUACACCCUCCCUUAGGAUGCUAUUCCAGACAGGUAACUCCAUACAACCCACAGCAGAUUUUCCGGUCACCUUACACCCCUUUAUUGAACUAUGUCCCUCUGGUCCAGCCCGGUUAUUCAUACCAGCAGAGGAACCCAUCCAAACCAUCUAGCAGCGUACGUGAUCCACCAGCAAUGGCGGGUGAUGGGCCGCAGUACCAUUUUUCUCAUUCAUAUGGGUUUAGUUCUACGCCUGGUGGAUCUGUGAGGACAAACCCAUAUUUCUCUGCCAAUGGGAGCGGUAUAAACUUUUAGAUCAUCUGAAUUUUUUGAUGCAUUGUUCAGAGACCACGAAGCUUCAGUCGCUGUUAGGAAUUCUGAGGUCAAAUAAGGACUGAUUUCGUAUUUCCCACAGCGCAGAUUUCUGUCUACAAUGAGCCUACAUGACUUAUGUGUUAAGAAAAAGCUACACAACAAUUCAUCCAAAAGAGGAGAGUUUUGUUUAGCGGAACCAAAUGAGAUUUUUUUUUGUAAGAUG